AUGGAAGAGGAAGAGGCGAAGGAAGUGCAGUCCAUACACUCCUCCCCCAGAGGCGAUAAUAACGUUAAUCCAGACCAUGUAGCCAAUGUUCAACGGGAAGACGAACCCACGUGCGUACCAAAUGAGGGAGAAGCGAAUGAGGAUUAUAACCCACAAGGGGUGGAAACAAAUGAAGGGAACAAGACACACGAAGAGAAUAGCCAAUGGCUAGUUUACGUAAACAACCAGUCCUAUGGGCCCUACAAUUUAGACCAGAUGAAAAAACUAUGGAGUGAAAAAAGAUUAAACAUCAUGUCGGUAAUAUUUAAAAAGGGAGAUCAGAACUGGAAAUAUGUGUACAACGAUGAUAUAUUAAAAAGGUGCCUACCUUUUAACACACAAAGUGGUGAUGACACAACGGAGGGGUUCCAGGGGGGCGCCACAUCAAAGGAGCAUCCUACUAUAGUGCAGCAGGACACAAAUCGUAUCUCCAAUGUUGAAGCAAAUACGUAUACACUAAGCGGUAACACCAGUAAGUGUCCCGACGACAGCGACGAGUGUGACCCACCCGAUGGGGCCACCGGGAUAAACCCCCUAGAACUAGAAAAAAUGAAAAAAAAAGAGAAAAAAAAAAAGUACCUAGAGAGAAAGAAAAAAAAAAUGGAGGAAGGCCUAUGCGAUAAAAAAGUAAAAAAUAGCUGCAUUUACAUAACCGGAUUACCUAGUGAUAUAACAAAGGAGGAAAUACAUAAUGUGUUUAAAAAAGCGGGCAUUAUUAAAAUAGACGCAGAAACAACAGAACCGAAAAUCAAAAUAUACUAUGAUGAAAACAACCAAGUGAAAGGAGACGCUUUGGUUACAUAUGUGUACACGCAGAGUGUAGACAUUGCCAUAAAAUAUUUUGACAAUUUUUACCUAAGACAGGACUGCAUGAUUCGUGUAGAAAAGGCACAAUUCAACAAAAAAAAAGAAGCUUCCAAAGUUUCUAAAGAAGAAUUGCUAAUUAAAAAAAAAAAAAUCAAGGCGGCGAAAUAUGAGCAACUGAGGUUGCAAAAGUGGGAAGAUGGGUACACUGGAACGAAAAAAAAAAUCGUCAUUUUUAGGAACGUCUUUUCGUAUGAAGAUGCAGUGAAGCACGAUGAGGGAGACCCCUUCUACGAUUUUAUAAAAGACCUGGUCGAAAUGGAAGUGAAGAAGUACGUGCCCGUGCACAAGGUAUAUCCCAUACCGAAACACCCCAACGGAAUUGUCUGUGUCAAAUUCAAAGGAGUGGAGGAAGCCGAAAUGAUAGUAUCGUACUUCAAGGACAUGGAGCUGAAUGGUAAAAAGCUGGAAGUGUAUUUUUACGAUGGAAAACAGGACCUGAAGGCGCAGUGCCUGCCUGCACAGAGUGCUAACAAGGCGCGUGCAGAAGACGCACCCGAAAAUGAAGAGCCGGAUAAGCAUACAGAGGAUAACCAACCGUCGUUUUUGCAGAACAACAAUUUGCAGGCGUUUCAUGACUGGAUUGAUAAUCAGAGUGAAGAUGAGGAACACGAAAUUAUGGUCGAAUGA